UAAAGUGCUAAAAAAGUGUACUCAAUGAUCUUCAUCUUAUUUUAGACUUUUAUGCUACAAAGCAAUUUUAAAUGUCAAGUUACUAGAUGAGAAAGUUGUUUUCACAGAAGGAGGACCAAAUGUUAUUUUAAGGCAUCUAGUGCUUUUUGUUCCUGAAAAGCUCUCCUUAGCUUGAGAAGGCAACAUUUGCUUGUUGCCAUAUGACGUAUACAGUCACCUGACCACGAGGGUAACGGGCGGAUAUUUUCAAAAUGGAAGAAAUACGAAAGUUUUGGAGGGGCAACAUUCAUUUGUUUUAUCAAAGGUCGUUUACGGCCGCUGGUGAGUUUACUUGGAUGAACAUGUUUUGAAUAAUAAUUUUGUAUCGAUUGGGAAGACAAGUAAGAAGCAAGAUGAGUGUUUCAAUCGGCGAUAAAAUCGAGGAUUUCAAAGUUCUCACCCUCCUUGGUAAGGGCUCCUUUGCAUGUGUUUACCGGGCAAAGUCAGUGAACACUGGCUUGGAGGUGGCGAUCAAAAUGAUUGACAAAAAAGCCAUGCACAAAUCUGGUAUGGUCCAGCGCGUGAGUAACGAAGUGGAGAUUCAGUGUCGAUUGAAGCAUCCGUCAAUACUAGAGCUGUACAACUACUUUGAAGACAGUAACUAUGUGUACUUGGUGUUGGAGAUGUGCCAUAAUGGAGAGAUGAGUCGAUACCUGAAAGACAGGAAGAUGCCCUUCUCAGAGGAUGAUGCACAGCACUUCAUGCAUCAAAUAGUGAAAGGUAUGCUGUACUUGCAUACACAUGGCAUCAUGCAUCGGGACCUGACCUUGUCCAACCUGCUGCUGACGAGCAAUAUGAACCUUAAAAUAGCUGACUUUGGCCUGGCCACCCAGCUGAAGCUCCCCAGCGAGAAGCACUUCACCAUGUGUGGCACACCCAAUUACAUCUCCCCAGAGGUGGCCACCCACAGUGCCCACGGCCUGGAGUCUGAUGUCUGGUCUCUGGGCUGCAUGUUCUACGCCUUCCUGAUGGGCCGGCCCCCAUUUGACACAGACACGGUGAAGCACACCCUCAACAAGGUGGUUCUGGGGGAGUAUGACAUGCCCAGCCAUGUGUCCCAGGAGGCCCAGGACCUGAUCCGCCAGCUGCUGAGGAAGGACCCUGCGCAGCGGCCCAGCCUGUCUGCCGUGCUGGACCACCCCUUCAUGACCCAAAGCCUGCUUGCCAGGACCAAGGAGCUGAGCCUUGGUGAGCCAGGCUCCAUGGACAGUGGCAUCGCCACCAUCUCUACAGCCUGCACCUCAUCCACCUCAGGCAGCAGCCGUCUCCAGAGGAGAGCAGCCAGACAUGUGAUCGGACCUGCCCUGCCCAACCGCAUGGCACCUAUCCCCACACUGCCCCGGCCGCCAAGCAGCGCCUGCUUUGAGGGGGUUGAGCAGUGGCAGCAGCACUCCGAUAGAGUAGGGAGGAGCAGGGCAGUUCUGGGCUGGGAGAGUGGACGUCCCCACUCCCGGUACCUACGGAGGACUCACUCCUCAGACCGGUCUAGCUCCUCUGUCAUUCCAGCCCAGGGGAUGGGGCAGGCAGAGCUGGAGAGAUGCCACUCUGAGGAGAUGCUGACUGGGUCGGAGAGACUGGCCUUUCCCAUGUCCUCCAGCUAUAAGGACACUCCACAACCCUUCGCAGAGCAUGUAAGGCUACCAUUGGUGCCUGUCAAACAGACAGCUAGCUCAGGAUGUUCAUAUUCUAUACAGCCACCACAUCCACUAAACCUGCAGUUACAAGAGUCAGAAGGUGUACAGAAUUGGUUCAGUAAAGAAGGCCUGUUUCCGAGGCCCACGGAUGUCACCUCUCACAGCAGCAGUGGCAGUUUCCAUAGUGGCAGGGAGCCUCUAGGUGUACACAACACCUGGAGUGACAAACCGGCAGGCAGAGGCACCAGUCCUCACCUCCACCUCCACCACAACCAGCACCACCUCCACCACACCUCAAACACUGACUCCUACAGGGAGAAUGGGCAACCCGGUCAUGGGGAAGAGCUGCAGAGUCUGUCCAAACCAAGUGUAGAAAAGGAGAAAAAGUCCCUGAGAAAUGUGCUCCCUCCUUUGUGUGCCUCAAGACUGAAAUCCAUCAGACAGAAGACUAAAAACGCUGUGGUGAGCAUUCUGGAUACAGGAGAGGUGUGUAUGGAGCUGCUCAAGGGCCAGGGCCCCCAGGAGAGGGGCAAAGAGGUCCUCAGGAUAUCCUGUGAUGGUUUGAUGGUCACUAUUUACCAGCCCAAUGAGGGGAAGGGUUUUCCUGUGCUAGACCGCCCCCCUGCUCCCCCUGAAGACAUCUUGAUCUGCAGCUAUGAGGACCUACCGGAGAAGUACUGGAAGAAAUACCAGUAUGCCUCCAAGUUUGUGCAGCUGGUGAAAUCAAAGACUCCCAAAGUUACCCUCUAUACCAAAUAUGGCAAGUGUAUGCUGAUGGAGAACUCCCCCAAUGCAGACCUGGAGAUGUGCUUCUACGAUGGAGCAAAAACCCACAAGACGUCAGAGCUGGUCCGUGUGGUGGAGAAGAGUGGGAAGUCGUACACGGUGAAGGGAGAGGUGGGUCUGAGUGGCCUCAGCCCAGAGAGCAGGCUGUACGUGAAGCUGUCUGACGAGGGCCACAGCAUGUGUCUGUCUCUAGAGACUGCAAUCACUGCAGAGGAGCAGCGCUGUGCCAAGAGCACUCCCUUCUUCCCCAUCACCAUCGGCCGGAGACCUGCCAUCCCAGACUCUCCCUGCCCCUUGGGCGGUGAUGCCCCUGUAGAUGUGGCAUCACCGCCCAAGCACCCACACAUUACUCCCUCUAUGAUCUCCUAUGAUGGGUCUGACUUCACCUCGGCUAGCGUGAACAAAAACUGCUCUCCGCUGUCGGUCAAACAAGACCACACAACCAACACAGGGAAAGUGCUCAAGUCCGUCUUUGUGCCAAACAUUGGUUGGGCCUCACAGCUGACCAGUGGAGAGGUGUGGGUGCAGUUCAACGAUGGCUCCCAGCUGGUGGUGCAGGCAGGGGUCUCUUGUAUUACCUACACGUCUCCAGAGGGACGGACCACCAGGUACAAAGAGAAUGAGAAGUUGCCAGAGCUUGUGAAGGAGAAGCUGCACUGUCUCUCCACCAUCCUGGGCCUGUUAGCCAGUCCAGCAGCACGCCGCUGAAUCAAACAACCUCAGCAGCAUUGCAACGUCCCAGUACAAUGCUGUUGCAGGGAGGAGACGCUAUUAUAGGCUUUAUACCGUGACAUACAUACCUCAAGUGUGCUUGUAAAUAUUGUUUUUAUGUACAGACAAAAUUAUGAAAAUAUAUAUUUUAUAAAGUGCCCAUGUUGUACAGUAUAAUCUUGUAAUUUUCUACGUUGUCAAACCAUAAUCUCCAUGAAAUGUCAGAUGCAUAAAAGCUGAAGCAAUAAACAUCUGCAGGCUGGGUAGAGUUCAGUCGCA